AUGGGCCUUCUGAGAAUAGAAGAAGCUAUUCUUGAGCUGGCUAAAUACCAUUGCUCAGAUCUUACUGAGCAAGUUACUUUCCUCGGAGAUCAAGAGGAUAUUGCUGUCAUUGGAGGUUUCUAUGAUAUUUACAAAGCAUCACUGGCUGGAUAUGAAGGUGUUGUGGCCGUGAAGCUUUCAGUAAAUGCCAUCCUCGAGCAUGUUGUCAAUGAAUUACGUGUUGUUUCCAAGCUUGAACAUUCUAAUAUUUUACCUUGUUUGGGUUAUAUCGUAACUGAGCCCCGUGGUUCAGCGUCCUAUGAUAGAGUUCCUUGGGGACAACAGAUAAUUGGCGUUGUAUAUCCUUGGAUAAAUCUCAACCUACGGGAUUACUUGAAGCUUCGACCCAAAGCAAAUCGUGCUCACCUAUGUAACCAAGUCAUCGAAGGGUUAACUUAUUUACACGACACAGGUGUGAUACAUGGGGACUUAAGAGGCCGAACCGUUAUGAUCUCGGACCAAGGAACAGUACAGAUUACUGGGUUUGGUGGCUCGAUCCUAAAGGACGAUCCAGCUGGGUAUGGAAACGGGUUUCAAAUGGCUGGCCGAUGGGCAGCUCCAGAAAGGCUACUCCCUGACGGUGCUGAACCGACGGUCAAGGCAGAUGUAUGGUCGCUCGGAAUGACUAUAUUGGAGACAUUCACAGGGGAUAUCCCUUACCCAGAGUUAUCGGAGCUUAAUGCUUUGAGCGCAGUAGCGGAUGGGAUAGAACAAAUGGAGCAUGUGACCAUCGGACUCAGCACAACCCUACCCACAAUCAUCGAUCGCCUCGUAGACCAGGGUUGCCUAAAUAUAACCAAGCAGCUUAUAUAUGGGAAUGAGAGCCAUAAAUACAGUGGACCGUUGAGUGAUGUGUAUCAAGCACGAUUGCUCAGUGGAAGACUUGUUGCUGUCAAGUGCCUGAGGGCUCUUAGUAACUCUGAAAGCAAGCCUGAAAAAGUUUUCAAACGCACCGCUCGCGAACUGCAUGCGUGGCCAGUCCCAACUCAUCCAAAUGUUCUCGAAUUUGUAGGGCUGGCGGUUUUUCGUGACAAACUCGCCAUGGUCGCCCCGUGGAUGCCAUAUGGUAGUUUGCUUGCUUUCAUAGAUGCAAACCCGGACUAUGACCGGUGCCGUUUGUGCACACAAAUCGCAGAGGGCCUAAUUUAUAUCCAUGGUCUGGGCAUGGCGCACGGCGAUAUCAAAGGAGCACCGGAACUAUUCAUUGAUGAAGGAAUAAGGAAUAAUUAUGAGACAGACGUAUACGCCCUUGGAAUGGUAAACAUUUCCGAUACCUACGACGUACAACUGUUGACCAUGAAAUUCUUUCAGACUAUCCUGGAGGCACUCACCGGCACCGUACCUUACAAAGAUAAAGCAGAUCUUACUGUGAUACAUACCGUGGUGUUUCGGGGAGAACAUCCCUCUCGACCUGUGGACUGCAUAUCGCCGCAGAGUACCGAAGGGGAUGCACUAUGGAAUCUCCUUGGCGCUGCUGGAGCUACGACCCUCAACUCCGUCCCAGGGUCACCGAAGUCUGCCAUUUUGUAA